CUGCUCUCUUGCUCUCUCUCUCUCUCCGGCCACUUUGACGAUCCGCGCAGGAGGGGAGGAGGCCAACGACCCUCCCGAUCAAGGACACUGCGCGCCCAUUCCCUCGAGAGUGGCUCGGUUCCUGACGGCAGCCUCAUAAAUAAAGGCCUCUCUUAAAAACCAAAACGAAUUGACGAGUGUCUUCGGGCACGGGUGGUGUAAUUGUAAUCGGUCCCAAAGCCUAAAUGUUCGGAGCUUAAUUUUUAAUCGUACAAAAGUGCAUUUCCACUUAAAAUUGUGGGGAAUUUCCAUCGUGUUUUUUAUGAGAACGGGUAUCUGUGAACAGUUGCCAUCAACAAAAGCGAACCUCUCCAGCGGUGAAGUGAGAAUGGCCGGUAAUGAGUACAGUAUUCGGCAAAAGACGGCAGAUUGGCAGAGGUCAUUUGUGGGAACAUUCCUGGAGGGGUGAGCCUCCCUCUCCCAAGGGCCAUUUAGCCCGCAGUGUAAACACCGCUCAGAUGGGUGGGAAUAAGUGGAGGCACCCUUACUUUACUCGCUGCCACGAGAAAUCCAUCCGCCACCUUAAUGUGCACAUGGCAAGAGGCUGCGCCUAAUGAUGGCACAUGUCGAGAGGGAAAGUGCUUAAGAUGGUGAAAUCUAAUGGCGCAAUCGUGGACAAUGUGGCACCAACCCAUGUCAGAGGAAAUGGCACAGGGUUAAGGGUCACACGAGAUUAUUGUGAAAAUCUGAAUAAUUCUCACGUGUUAAACAUUUCUGGUCGUUCUAGUCAUGCGUCGCAUAAGAGUUCCUCCCAUCUCGACUCAUCUGCUGUAGAGGCAAGUGCUGUUAGCAAGCGCACGUUAAGGCUAGCAUGGCACAAGACGGGGUAGCGACACCAUUAUCCCGUGGCUUGCAACGUUCUCGUCUCCCCAGUGCUGCUGUUCGCACAUCACACCGGCUGUUCACUUCAACAGAUUCUUUGGUGAUGCCGCAUUGCCAGCGGUGCACAAGCACAACCAGGUAGACUCAUUUAAGUCGACCUAUUCGAGACGCACCAACGUGUUCAGAUGGCAUUUGCCACCGAGGCGCAAUGGCCAAGAACAUAACCCAGGUGUUCGACAUUACAAACGUGGCGUGUGUUCGAACCGCCACUGCUCACUGCACAUUUGUACAAAACAAAGAUCUGCUUUAUAUCCGCCGCGGUCCAUUGGGGGCAGGCAGGUGCUGUUGGCAAGCGCGGGACGCAGGGCGAUACGCCGCCGGUAUGGCCAGCGGCGUGUCUCCCACUGCUGCUAUUUGCUCGUCGUGGGCGAGCACCGGCUCGGAUUCCACCCGCCGCCGCCGCCGCUGUUGCACGCAGGUCGCCGGGUUCGCGACGCAGCGCGGUGCCCACUCUGCCACCGUUUACCCAGCACGGCCUUAUUUUUUUGUAUUUUGAGAGCACGCAAUCGUACAAGAACGCAUAAACACACAAGCCCCGAAGGCAGCGGGGGGCCAUGGCCCGGCAACACACGUGUGUGUGCGCGUGUGUGUGUGUGUAUUGCAGCGCGUGUACAGUGCGUUUUUGAAUGAGUUUAUUCUUAGCACAGGAAGACGUUGCGGUGGCAGUGAGAGGGAGGCUCGCCGGCCUGCGUGGGAGCCUCGGCUUGCGGGCCGAUGGGGGGGUCACCCGCUGGGGUGGCGAGACGGCACCUACGGAACUGGUUCUGGGUUUUGCUCCCCUUCCCCACUUGUGCGUCGUCGAGGGUGGCCUCUUUGAACACGGGCAGAUUUCGGGUUUUCUUUUUCUCUCGACGUGAGGGUGCAGCUGUGGCACAUCGGUCACCCGAGGUUCAAUUCCUAAUCACGGCUAGCAUCAGAGGGUGGGUACUGAUGUCUGAACCAGUUCUGGGGUUGACCCCUCCACCCUCCCCACACCCACCUUCACGAAACAGCGCUAACCAGUGUCGUGAAUUAUGGUCGGGCAACCGCCCGUGACAGGGCGCAGGGACACAUUUAUCCAGCAGUGGAUUGAUGGAAGGCUGUAAAUUUUUUCACGUUUUUUUUACUCUGUCCACAGAGGCCAAAAAGACACCGAGUCCCGUUCCCAGUGCUGUCAGCGCGCACGGCACUCUGCGGCUUGCCCGAGUUGCGUUCGCGCGGACAAUAAUUCACUGUUCUCGCUGACGGGCGAUCCUCCAGGGGGCAAAGAACGCGUUUGAUUUCAGAUCAGAACUUUGACUCCAUUCUUCCACCAUAAGACUAAACAUUUAUUUCUUAAAAAAAAAGUGUUUUCAACCUCACGUGUAGCUGCCGAAACAACUGCGGCUUAUCUUAGGAACAUUACGCGCUGGACGUUUCUUCUCCGCCGCAGCCACAAAGCGUGUCCGUGCUCGUCGGCGCAGCGAUCGCCAGGCGCGAGUGGUGCAACUGCACGGGUCGGAAGGAAGCCCAGACACCGGGCAGCGCACAGUGAGCGGGGUGGGGGGGGCAGGGUGGACGAGCUUGCACCAGAACGCGUGCCAAGCGACGCUACGCCGCUGCGUCUGAACCGAGCCGUCGGAAUGACGCGAAUCGGCAAAAUGUGUGAGUCGCGAUGCCACUGACGGCACUGACAGUGCCGAGCGUUGCUCAGGCUACCGUGGUGCUCACUUAGAGGCCUGCUGCUUUCACUUGCUCUCUCAAGAGGUGGGGGGAGGGGGGCGUCAUAUUGCAAUUGCAAAGUAUGAUAUGCGAUUGUGUUGAAGCGCUUAUGAUCUGAUUCGUAUCAUCUGCAUCUGCAGCCCCAUUUCUGCAAUUUGAUGUGGGGGGUGGGGUGGCAAAUGGCCAGAUUAGCGAAAAACUGCAGGAAAUUGUCCACAUGUCAGUGGAAACGGCCUUUCCGCUGACUCAAGAUUUAGGCCCCUUAUCUGCAUCCCCAGGACUCUGUUCUGUGUGUAAGCGGUGGGAACAGAUAAGCGGACAGGAUGAUGCACGCGCGCACACCACGCAGUCUGCUGCCUCCCCAUCACCUGCAGUCGACGACACUGGGGUUCUGGCCUCGAGUCCUCUCCUGGCUGCUGCUGUUCGCACCGCCCAGCGGCUCUCAUUCAUCUUACUGCACUCGGGGCCACAUCUAACUCAUGUCACAGGGCCCCGCGCAUCUCAAAGAGCUCCCCCGCGGAGUUGCGUUUCGUGCGCACUGCACGACACGACGCCACGCACACUGUCUAUUAUUUGACAGAAAAAUGCUCUGUCUCGUCGCCUCCUCCUGACGCACGUCUCCGCUGUACGGCGUCUCCUAACGCGGCAAAUAAAAAUUGCAAUUUUCGCUAAACGAGGAUCCUAUGAGACUCGGCAUUCCUCUCGGGAAUGAGACCUGAGCCUGAAAACAAAGGAAAUGAUUAUUUAAUUAAAAAAACUGGCCAAAGGGAAACUGUUUUUAAUCGUGUGAUAAUGUAUCUGGACGCUUGCAUGGAAUGGAUAAUUAUUUGUGGGCACAGUAUUGCGCUCGCGUGGGAGCGUAUUGGCUGCAAAAGUGGUGAUGGCCUAAUUAACAGAGCUGCAGAAUUGGACGACACGAGACGGCGCAUCUGGGAACGUUUCCCUCGCAAGAGCGAUGGGCGCUCCCCGCUUCACAGGGAAGGGUUUCGGAGAGUGUGGCACAGGGCGGGGAUAUACGCAACGUCGCAAACUUCUCAAGUAAAUCUCGUGCCAGGAUCAGCGAUACAUUCGGAGGAGGCUGAGCCUUGGAUGAAAAUAUAUUUCCGAUCAAGCAAGACUUUCAGAUGUGUGAUUAAUAAUAAUUAUUAUCUUUGGGCAAAUAAGAUGGAGCAGAAAAUUGGGAUAAUAGAUGCAAGUGCUGCCCAGGCAAGUGGCAUCGGUGUGGAGUUGCUACAUCUAUAGAUUAUAAAUAAAAUCGGUGGGGUAUCAGGUGGAGGGAGGAAGCCAAUGGACCACGAGCUAGGAAGAACCCCAGACAAGCGGUUAACAUACCUUCUCUGCGUGUAUAUGAAACUCCACUCAUCCACGUGUACACACACUGUACUAAGACACACAGAUAUGGCUUCAGCAUAAGGAUCGGUGGCUAUUGGUUUGCGAUGAAUUUUCUGCUGCAACAUCGGUCCCGCUCCAUGGCAACGGAAACAUCUUCACGGUCACCGCUGCACUCUGCGUGACGAGGCCGUCCCGGGGUGUCGUCGUCGUCGCAAUUCUCAGCGCUGCUCCUCCUUCCUCCGCUCCUCAUCGCCGCCGCUAAUCACUUCUCGGUGCCGCUAAUCAUCGCGCCUUCAGGCCGCUCGCAGGUCUCUCUCGAUGCUCAACACGCCACGGUGGAUAUUCGGCGGCCACGUAUCCCCAGUAGGGCACGACGGGGAUGUGUUUUGGGUUCAUGAUGCAGGCAACCAUCGUGGCUUGUUUCAAAAAGGAAGUUUUACAUCUCUGCUCUCUGUGCGACCCGUGGCCUUUGUCAAACAUGUCGGCGAUCGUGGCAUUCCUUCCAUUAACGCUCUCUCUCGUUGAUAUUUACCCAAGAGCUUUGCAUCAGAUACCGCCAGUUGCAGCAAUUGUCAAACUGUUUUAUGUAUUUCAUUUGCUGUCAUGCCCGGCUUCUUGUUCGUCAUAUUUUCCUGUGUAUUUUUGUUAAUUGUUACGUGUAAAAUACUUCAUAAAUCCACGCCCGUGGCUGGAUUACUCACGACGCCUGUUAUCCGUGGAACCAAUUUGGUGGCGGAUCCUUUAAUCUGCAAUCCUCUCCUUCCCAUUAUCCGUGAUCAUCUAUGACUUGACCUGCUGCUCAUUGCUGAAUGGUGACCUAUUAUAUCUGCAACAUUAUUUGCGGAUAAAUGGAUAUGAUCAGCAGAGACGUUCUCUUAUCCGUGGUUUUCCACGGUGUUUUCUCAAGGAUACGGUCGCGGAUAACCUCACGGAUAAACCGGAUUAACGGAGGUUUACCCGCCCACAACAAAGCGGAUAAAUGGAGUUCUGUCCAUAGAUGCACAUUUAAAGCUUGCUUUUUUUCUCUGUAUUAGCUUCCACAGUUCAAAUAACUGCACACGUUUUCCGCAAUUUCUGUCUUAAUCAUUUGUCCCACUUUUUCUCUACACAUUGUAUUUACUUGCAAACAGGUUGCUUGGUGUCGGUGGGCUCCCAUCUGGUCAAAUCAAGUGAACCGACUCACCGCUGUUAAUUCUGAAGACAUUUAGCCUGGUGAGCGGCGGCUUCUGCGGCGGGCGGCCCACGCGGAGCCACGAUGAGUGAGGUGCUCAAGAGGAAGUUCGAGGAGGUGGAGGGCGACUCCCCGUGCUCCUCCUCCAAGGACUCGGAGGAGGAGCUCUCGGGCAGCGAGAGCGUCGACAGCGGAGACAGCGUCAACCCUCCGGCAGACACGCACUUCACACCCUCCUCCAUCCUGCACCCGCCAAAGCGUCAGCGCGGCAAGAGCGUGCGCUUCGGCCAGGUGACGGUGUUCCACUUCCCGCGGCGCCAGGGCUUCACCAGCGUGCCCAGCCAGGGCGGCAGCACGCUGGGCAUGGCGAACCACCACGACCACGUCGCCGUCUACUCGCUGGGCGAGUUUGCGCGCGAGCGCGAGAACGCGCACCAGCACGUGCUGCGCCAGCACCUCAAGGAGGAGAGGCUCAACGCCCUCCGCAUGCAGCUGACGCAGAACGGCACGCAGGACUGCGACCGUGCCCGCGCCCUCACGGUGGAGGACAUCCCGGACGAGGAGGUGGACGUGCGGGCCGUGCAGGUGGACGACUACUUCUUCCUGCAGCCGCUGCCCACGCGCAAGCGGCGCGCCAUGCUGCGCGCCUCGGGCGUGCGGCGCAUCGACGGCGACGAGAAGCAGCAGCUGCGAGCGAUCCGCGUGUCGCGCGAGGAGUGCGGCUGCGACUGCCGCGCGUACUGCGACCCCGAGACGUGUCCGUGCAGCCAGGCCGGCAUCUCCUGCCAGGUGGACCGGCUGUCGUUCCCAUGUGGUUGCACCAAGGACGGCUGCGGGAACCCCGGGGGGCGCAUCGAGUUCAACCCGGUGCGCGUGCGCACGCACUUCAUCCACACCAUCAUGCGCCUGGAGCUCGAGCGCAAGCAGGCGGGCUGCGACGACGUGGGGGGCCCGCUCGGGGGGCCCGGCGUCGAUGGGGGCCUGGUGCACGGCGCGGUCGAGAGGGCCUGCGGCUCCUUCGGCGAAUCCGUGCUCCCGCAAGAAAUGCUCGGCAGAAUGUCGGGCAGAGACAACAGCCCCAUGAUGCAGCUAUUUGCCGCCGACGUGAUGAGCGGCGACGUGAUGAGCGGGGAGGACGGAGACCCCGACAGCCCCAGCAGCGGGUUCGCCUCGACGCUCUGCUCGUCCGAAGACGGGGGAGACGGCACGACGGGCGUCGAGUACCGGAUACCGUCGGCGCUGCACCUGGGCAGGGUGGAGGGAGAACUUCACGUGAAGGGCGAGCGAGUCGGAGAGAUGUCCUCCUACAGCCUCGACUCCUCGCUCUUCAGCUUCCCGUCGGACGACCUUCCGUCCAUGUCCCUCUUCCCGAGCAACUCGUCCUCGGCCUCCUGCCUUUUCCACGGCGAGGAGUAUGGCCUGAGCUGCGUGCAGCUGCACGGGGCCCAGGACGCGCCCACCCUGCAGGAGAUGUCCCCCGCCGUCGACUGCGCUCACGACCGCCCCGGAGCGUCUCCGGCGGCGCACGCCGCGGACGCGACGCCGCCGCCGCUCGCCGCCCUCCUCCAGGACGCGCCGGCGGGCGUCGUGGCGCACGAGGAGACUCGCCCGGAGCUCGGCGCCGCGUGGCGGGACGGGCCCCCGCGGCCCGGCGCGUGCCGGGAGCAGGAGCCGCCGCGUCUCGCUCGCGAGCAGCGGGAGGCGCCGACGCGCCCCCGGCACGGAGCUGUCGGCCCCUCGACUCGCGGCGACGUCGCGGACGGCGGCGGGGGCCUGGAUCGGAUCGUCUGCCGCGGCGAAGCGGCGUUCGAGAUCGAGGCGGAGGGCGACGCGGCCCUGGAGCGGCUGUCGGCCGGGCGCUCCCCGCCCGCGGGUCGCUCCGACGGCGGCGGGGAGGCCGCGUCCCCGCCGACAAACGGUUCCGGCGCGAGCGCCGCGGAGAGCGGCGGGCUCGUCGCCAGCACCCGAGCCCCGGCGAACGCGGCGGACGUGGCGACGCACGGGAUCGAGGACGAGCGCGACGCCUGCCGCGACGCGCCGACGUACGGACUCGCGGGUCGGCACCUUGCGCCCAACGCGCGCGUUUCAAAAGGAGAGCCGUUCUCCUCCUUCGUCGCCAACGAACCUGAACGCGUCCUCCCGCGCGAAGUCGGGGCUGGCUGCGGCGCGAGCGGCACCGAGGGAUCGCCGGCGGCGCCCGGCCCGGAGGCGCGCGUGGAGGAGGAGAGACUUGAGACGGAGGAAGCCGUUAAAAUGAUUAAAAUGGAGCAGAAGGAUAUCUGAGCCUGUCCCUCGCAACCCAAGAGCAAUGUCGUUGAGUGAAGGGGGGGGGGGGGCUCUCCCCUGCCGCUCGCUGUGAAUCAAAGGAAGCGCCGCGGAAUCUCUCGCCGGGCGUCACGGCGUCGCCGAGGCUCGGGCGACGGCGCCGCUCCGAGAAUUUCGACGGCCGCCUCGUUUUAACAAAAAAAAAUCUCCCCCCACCCCCCCAUCCUUCGAGUGAAAUGCAAUUUCAAAGGCGUGGCUUCACGUGAAUUUUAAGUGUCCCGUGUUUUAAGAGAAGUGUCGUGGCUCUGUCAGACGGCGCAGCCUCGUGUGUUGGUGUAAGUGAGCCGUGCGUAGUGAUUUUAGAAUGUACCAUAAUUGUUUGUGUGGCGUCAACGAAAUGAUGAUGACUACAGGAGAAAGAAAAAAAAAUCUAAACUCUCGUACCCGUCGACAUUUCAUUUAAUGGUUUAAUUUUUGUAAUUUCAAAUGUAUACCUUACAAUUGUCGAAUUGAUGAAAAAAAAAACCUGGAAAGCAUUUAUAUUUAUUUCACCGUUGUGUUUCAUUGUUUUAGUUUUAUAUGACGCCGCUAUUUAUGAUGAUGAUGAUGACGACGACGACGCGGGUCUGUGCGUGUGCCCAGGUGGGCUCUAGCUAUAGCCGUGAUCGACUCCUGUGACCGUGUUUGUGUGCGUGAAGCGAAAACACAGUGCAAUGGCUCGGAGCGCGAGCGCUCGCUCGUCUCGAGCACGCCGCCUCGUCCCGCGCGCGGACGGGCAGCGAGCGGGCAGAGGGACACGCGUGUCCUCGCCAGGUUCGUGUUACCCUGGAGGCUGUCGUGACCAGCGGCCUCGGCUGGGGAUAUUCUUGUCAAUAAAAAAAAAUGUGAAAACACAACCACUCGUUUACCACUCGUGUGGCUGCAGAUGCCAGGUCGCGUCUUCGUUUACCAUUUUACCGGAACGAAACCAUCGAUGAGGCCUGCCUGCGCGGACAAUCAUCAA